AUGUCAGUCGGCGGCCCUUGUCUUUGGUUGCCGUCCUUAUCUUCGCCAGUUCCUUCACCCCUGUCUGCAGUCUCAUCUCAUCUAUCUUCGGCUCGAAAUAGUGAAAGGCUUUCCUUGGGGCCUCGGACUAUCUCACCACGUUUCUCUGUACAGAGAAAAGAGGAGCCUGGAGUUCCUGCUUCUGUUCCCAAUCGUCUUGCUGAGAUGCAACCGGCUGGAUAUAAGGCUGAAAAUGCCUUGACUCAUCCAGGAGCACAACCUGUCAGCAUGCCUGGUUUGGUGUCGUAUUCUGGGAGAGAAGUCUCAUCGCGAGAUACGAUCAACCACAGGUUGGAAGCGGCGAAACAGGACAUGUUGCCACGCGUCAAGUUGGAGAUUCCUAGUCUGAACCAGCGGGUCUUUGCCACCACUCAGCCCCUGGUCGGGCACGGUGGUCACCCUGAAGAGACCGGUGUUUCAUCUUUUACGGGUUCGCAUGAUCCGGGGGACGACCAUGACCGGGAGUCGACGAUUAGUCCCGACGAUGAUAAAGAUAUGAUGGGAAGCGACGACAAUAACAUAUCACCGUCGAUGGAAAAGAAGAAGAUGAAGCGAUUUCGUCUAACACACAACCAAACCCGCUUCUUGAUGAGCGAGUUCACUCGCCAGGCACAUCCCGAUGCUGCGCAUAGAGAACGUCUGUCAAAGGAAAUUCCUGGGCUGACGCCGCGUCAAGUCCAAGUCUGGUUCCAAAAUAGGCGAGCAAAGCUUAAGCGUCUCACUACCAAUGACCGGGAGAGAAUGCUUAAAUCUCGGGCCCUUCCUGAUGAUUUCGAUACCACAAAAGUUCUCCGCACGCCCUUUGGGGGCAAAUCGUCAGGUGUCACGCCAGUGGCAUCUCCGUCAGGAUACGCAGCCCCAAAUCCAGAUUUUGGGUCUCUGAGGACGCUGCGAACCGAAUGUUUCCCCCGGCCAAAUGAAGACGAGUAUCUCGUCUCGCCUCUCAGCUCUGCUUCGACAGCAGGGACUUAUAUGUCCUCAACUGGGCAAGGUCAAAUUUUCCGGCCUGCUGCGUCCGCGUCCAUGUCCGAUUUACAUAGAACUGUACGCAGCGACUACUCAAUCACCAGAUCAAGCAGCCUAUCUGAUACGUCCACCCAUCCCUCCCCGUAUGCGGGAUACGGAGUACACAACCGAUUCGCGGGGCAGACAAAUCAGCCAGGCAUGCCAUAUAUGAGACGACCAAUGGAGUAUGCCGUACCCCGACACCCAGGUGGCAUGGCGGGAUAUGAGCAACAUCAAUCUUUCGAAGGCUCCGUGUCACCAACAGACUCCCAAAAUGCACAUAUGACCUACGAUAUGAAUACACUAGGCUCGCAACAACAAAAUUACACCCUUGGAAUGGGCUCUCAACUACCGACCCAAGGCCGUCCCCUGACCACCAUGUCAAAUAUGCCGGUUUCCGCACCACAAGAUUACCGGCCAUACUCCUACGAUACUACCGCAGCCCCUAUGGGCACAAUUCCCUAUACACAAGCCAACACCUCGAAUCUGAGCCUCCCAACCGCCUUUGGCUCUGAGUCUAGUGCCAAAUUUGGCAAUCCGCCUUACAAUUAUUCCAACUAUAUUCAGCAGUGA